AACCUCCAAAGGUCUACCAAUGUGGUGUACCAAGCCCAUCAUGUUAGCAGAAACAAGAGAGGACAGGUUUUGGGCACAAAAGGUGGAUUUCGUGGCUGCACAGUAUGGCUAACAGGUCUUUCUGGUGCUGGUAAGACAACCAUUGGGUUUGCCCUUGAGGAAUACCUCAUGUCUCAUGGCAUCCCUUGUUAUUCUCUUGAUGGGGACAACAUUCGUCAUGGUCUCAACAAGAAUCUAGGUUUCUCUGCUGAUGACCGAGAAGAAAAUAUCCGCCGUGUUGCUGAAGUUGCCAAACUAUUUGCAGAUGCUGGCUUAGUCUGCAUUACUAGUUUCAUUUCUCCUUUUGCAAAGGACCGUGAGAAUGCACGGAACAUUCAUGAGACAGCCAGGCUUCCUUUCUUCGAAGUUUUUGUGGAUGCACCUCUAAAUAUCUGUGAAAGUAGGGAUGUGAAAGGCCUAUACAAAAAAGCACGAGCUGGAGAAAUCAAAG